UGUGGGAGAGAGACGCAAUGCUGGGCUGUGCUGUGUUAUUGUGGUGGAGUUGUGCGGGGUGAUGCGGUGUUGUGUGUCGGGCAUGGAGGAGGGCUUCCUCUGAAUGUCAUGAGCCUGCCUGCUCCGUCAUUGCCAUUGUGAUCGCCAUCUUCCUCAUCAUCGUGGGCACGGUACACCGUAGCUUUGGGCUCCAUGGGAACUAUGACUGUGGCGCCCGGGUUGGCGCGCAAGCUCAAGAAGGUGCUGGAGACGCGCACGGAUUCGCCAGAUCUGCUGGCAUCGUUGGGCGCUUUGUCCUCGCUCUACACCGACAACACUCAGCAGGCAAGGCGGAGCUUGCGUGCCACGAUCGAGAGGCGGGGUUUGUCUAUCAAUGAGGAGUUCCUGCGUGCCUCGGAGUCGGCGCAAAAGGCACUGGACGCUGUGGAGUUGGAAGUUGCGGGGCUGGCUGAAUGCUGUGAGAGGAUUGCGAAGUCUCUAAGUAGUUGCAGCAGCACUACCAGCGAGAUCGUGAGUGCUACCGAACGGCUAAAGCAAGAGUUAGAGCAUACCACUCAACGUCAGGAGCUGAUAACUGCGUUUUUGAACAAUUACCAGCUUCGGCCGGAAGAAGUCACUGCCCUUCGAGAGGAAGAUAUAAGUGAGAAUUUUUUUAAGGCGUUGAUGCGGGUCCAAGAGAUUCAUACAAACUGCAAGAUUCUAUUGCGGACGCAUCACCAGCGCGCAGGGUUGGAGUUGAUGGAUAUGAUGGCCGUCUACCAGGAAGCUGCAUAUGAACGGCUGUGCAGAUGGGUACAAGCGGAAUGCCGUAGCCUGGGCGAUAAUGACACUCCUGAAGUUAGCGAUCUUCUAAAAGCGGCAGCGCAAUCGCUGAAAGACCGACCUGUACUCUUCAAGUACUGUGCGGAAGAGGUAGCUAACACACGUCACAAUGCCUUGUUUCGACGGUUUAUCACUGCGCUUACACGUGGUGGUCCCGGAGGGAUGCCAAGACCUAUUGAAGUGCAUGCACAUGACCCUCUGCGUUAUGUUGGUGAUAUGCUUGGCUGGAUUCAUCAAGCUCUAGCCUCAGAGCGAGAACUGGCCAUGGCCUUGUUCAGUGCGGAGCAAAACAUAGGAACUACGUCCAAGAGAUUUUCAAGUGAAGCUUCAAAUAUGGGUAGAACCACCCCCAAGGAAUGGGAAAGGGAAGAUCAAAAGGCGGAGACUGAUAUGGGUUAUGUGCUGGACAGAGUAUUUGAGGGUGUUUGCAGGCCAUUUAAAGUGCGCGUGGAUCAAGUCUUGCACUCCCAGCCUUCAUUGUUAUUGGCUUACAAACUGAAUAACCUUCUCGAAUUCUACGGGCAUACUGUUUCUGAGCUCCUAGGUCCAGGAGCCACGCUUUCGGUGACAAUUCGUGAAGUCCGCGACGCUGCUCAACGUACUGUCUUGGACAUUGUGAAGGUGCGGGGCGACAAAUUGCUACGUUACGGCUCUGUUGUGGCCGUAGACCUUUCUCCGCCUCCGGCUGUUAAUGAGACCAUGUCCGUUCUUUUAGAGCUGGUUUAUAACUACGAGACCAUGAUGGUUCCUGCGGGCGGGAAAAAACCUGAUUUUGAGCCGAUUAUUCAAGGACUUCUGGAUCCUCUCGUACAGAUGUGCGAACAAUCUGCUGAAGCCUAUGGAACCAAGCCACAGUCAGGUCUGAGACGCAAUAGUGGAGAAAUCCCACCGUCGGGGCGUAGACUUCCAAACAUUUCUCCUUCACAGAGAAGGCCGUCAUCGGUAGAGACUCUUCUAAGUGGCAAGUCCAAUUCUUUGGCUUCACGGAGUGUGCUGUCCCUCCGGAAGAUGUUCCUCAUCAACUGCUUAUCAGCGAUACAGGAGCCCUUGAAAUCACAUUCAGUGGCCGAUGCUUACGUGAAGAUUCUGGCCGCUCGUGUAGAAGGUAAUAUUGCGGCUCUGGCCGAGUCAGAACUUGCAGUGAUUCUGGAGCGCUGCGAGCUUCAGAAGAAAGUAUCCUACAUCAAGAACAGAAUACGUAAAAGCCAACUCGGCGAAAUCGUGCCGAAUGAAGAAGAUGUUGAUGAUGGGAAACCCAUAGCGGAAGCAGAAGGCAUGUCUCCGUCUGCUGUUUCAGAAUCUCUGAAACUGCUCUUUGGUCUUCUGAGUGGCAGUGAGGGAGCUAUUCCAGAAUUUGAGCAAAUCCAAGUCCCACAGUUUAGAAGCGAAUCAUUUGGACGUGUGGGUAGAGCAGUAGCUGAGGCUUACGAGCUCAUGUACAAUGCAGUUAUGAAUCCUGCUAAUGGCUACCCGGAUCCAAAAUCAAUGCUUCGGCACUCACCUGAUCAGAUAAAAACGAUUCUUGGAGUGUAACUCUCUAUGAAUCAAUUGUAAUUCUUUCUCAUACUUAUAUCGUAAAAGGAAUAUUUACCUUGCUGAUGUGUUCAGUUUUACA